UAUUUAAAAGGAUUGAACUCCUCGGAUUGACUUAUUGGAUUGAACGACAAAAUGGAAAUAUAAAUACUUACUCAAAUUUUAUUUGGAAUCUACUAUUAUUGCUAAUGAAUUUGACUUCAACCAAUUGUAAUGUCAAAACAUCAAAGAAGUGGACUAGGCCUUAUGAGCGAGAAUAAUACGAAAUGAUAACAAUAAGACAAGACAUGGGGCUUCGGCCUUACGAUCAAGAACAAUGAAGAUGUGGCUUCGGCCUUUAAAACUACCAAAAUUCUCCUAUUAUUACCAAGGACAAAACUUGACCAAAGUCCUUUGCCUUUCCCAUUAGGAAUAAAUUAAUGUCAUCACUCAUCAUCAUAUGUCAUCACUCAUCAUCAUAUGUCAUCUCUCAUCAUCAUAUUGUGGUAAGCAAUCAAUUUCCACGGUGGUACUGCUAAUUUUCACGAAAAAUGAGUUCCAGAGCAGAUAAAGCCAAUGGCGAGGAAGAAAUUGUCAAGACGCUGUUGGAGGCCUUUCGAUGCUUCAUUUGUAUAGAUAAAAUUGUAGAUGCCCACCUAUGCCCUCAUUGUUCAAAUCUCUUCUGUUACGUUUGUGUCCGACGGUGGCUGACUGGAGGAUCGUCCCAGUGCCCUCACUGUCGGGCUGCACUCCGCCUACAUGAGUUGAUAAAUUGCCGUUGGAUGGGAGAGAUCACUAAGAAAAUAGAAACCAUGCAACAGGCAAACUCAUCUGCUCAGAGAGAAAGCUUCAGAGAUAGAUGUUCAACCCAUCAAGAGCGCCUAACAGUAUACUGCUGUACAUGCAGUCAGUGUAUCUGCCAUGAAUGUGCUCUAUGGGGUGGUAAACAUUCUGGCCACACAUUUAAACCACUGGAAGAGGUCUAUGAGCAACAUGUGACUCAGAUUAGAGAUGGGGUCUCCCAAUUGAAGCAAAGACUUAUGGAGCUCAAAAGUCUUGCUCAAGAAGGGGAACGAAAUGUCGAAUCUGUUCGCGCGGCGAAAGACGAACGAGUACGUGAAAUGCGUCAGGCCGUGGAACUAAUAUACUCACGUCUUGACUCGGCAUUUGGGGCUAAAAUUCUCACUCUUAUGGAACAGAAGAACUGCCUAACACAAGAGACUGAGCAGUUGGAACAUCUCCUUCAAGAAGUUGAACACAAGUUGGAUGCUAGUACUAAAUGUGAGCUUAUCGCUAAAAGUGGGGAAAUGUCAGAGACAAUUCAUCAACUCAGCAUAAAGCCUAUGGCUAGCAUUGUUACUGCGCCGGUACCGGCCGAUUUUCACAGUGAAAUCGUGCCAAGUUACGAUAGUAGUACGUUCACGCUGACGAAAUUCACUAAACUUCGGGAUGCGGCUAGACCCGUGAUUUCUGACCCGCUCUAUGUUUACGGUCUCUGCUGGAGGCUAGUAGUCGACCCUGAUGGCUUUGGAGGGAACCAGGGAAGAUACCUUUCGGUAGGUUUGAAGCUGAUGGCGGGAUUACCGGAAAAUUCAACGUACGAGUGUCGUUUCGAAAUGCUUCAUCAAGAAUCCGAGGAUCCAUCAAAGAAUUUCGUAACCGAGUUAACGUCUGUUUUUGAAGUCGGCAAGUGUUGUAGAGUGAAAAAAUUCUUUCGCCUCGAUUUGCUCGCUAGCGACGGAUAUCUCAACCAAGAGACUGACACUCUAAUUUUAAGGUUUCAAGUACGUCCGCCAACGUUCUAUCAACGUUGUCGUGAUCAGCAGUGGUACAUUAACAAGCUAAUGGAUGAACAUGAUCUGCAAAUUAUUGAUCUUAAAGAGCGUCUCAAUGCAGAGAUGUGUCGCAACUUAAAGGCUAAAACUACUGCCUCAAAUGGCGACUGGCUAAAAAAAAAGCCUUGGCCUGUUGAAGAUUAUCUUACGGCGAGUACACCAAAAACGGAAGCCUCAGAGGGAUGUGCGGGCGCAAUGUGUACGUCAUUUUCUUCUCCCGAGUCGCACAGUGAUGCUCUGCCGGCCACUGCGUCUGAUAAUACUGAGCCUAGCAAUGGUACCGGGCGCACCAGGCGUGGACAAUUCUGUUGGAGGAAAGGUUUCCAGAAAGUGGUCACGCCAGCGUCGCAGUUUAAUGAAGAAAGAGUAAUUUUUAAACACUGCAAACUACUGCCAAUAACAGAAAAACGUCUCAAUGCAGAGAUGUCUUCCAACUCAAAGGCUGAAACUACUGCCUCAAAUGGCGACUGGCUAAAAAAAAAGCCUUGGCCUGUUGAAGAUUAUCUUACGGCGAGUACACCAAUAACGGAAGCGUCAGAGGGAUGCGCGGGCGCAAUGUGUACGUCAUUUUCUUCUCCCGAGUCUCACAGUGAUGCUCCGCCGGACACUGUGCCUGAGAAUCCUGAGUCCAGCAGUGGUACCAGGUUGCCUGGGUGGAGGAGAUGUAUCUUGCAGCGCACCAGGCUUGGACAAUUCUGUUGGAGGGACAGUUUCCAGAAAGUGGUCACGCCAACGUCGCAGCUUAAUGAAGAAAUAAUAGAAGAUAACAAGAAACUAACAAUAACAGAAAAACGUCUCAAUGCAGAGAUGUCUCGCAACUCAAAGGCUGAAACUACUGCCUCAAAUGGCGACUGGCUAAAAAAAAAGCCUUGGCCUGUUGAAGAUUAUCUUACGGCGAGUACACCAAUAACGGAAGCGUCAGAGGGAUGCGCGGGCGCAAUGUGUACGUCAUUUUCUUCUCCCGAGUCUCACAGUGAUGCUCUGCCGGCCACUGCGUCUGAUAAUACUGAGCCUAGCAAUGGUGCCGGGCGCACCAGGCGCGGACAAUUCUGUUGGAGGAAAGGUUUCCAGAAAGUGGUCACGCCAGCGUCGCAGUUUAAUGAAGAAAGAGUAAUUUUUAAACACUGCAAACUACUGCCAAUAACAGAAAAACGUCUCAAUGCAGAGAUGUCUCCCAACUCAAAGGCUGAAACUACUGCCUCAAAUGGUGACUGGCUAAAAAAAAAGCCUUGGCCUGUUGAAGAUUAUCUUACGACGAGUACACCAAUAACGGAAGCCUCAGAGGGAUGCGUGGGCGCAAUGUGUACGUCAUUUUCUUCUCCCGAGUCGCACAGUGAUGCUCUGCCGGCCACUGCGUCUGAUAAUACUGAGCCUAGCAAUGGUACCGGGGAUAGCCUAUCUGAUAAGCUCAUGAACUUCAGUCUGUCCCUAGACGGGACUUCUGACGAAGAAGCUCUUCCUGUACAGCCCUGCAGUCUCUUCAGAGAGCUUCCCUUUUAUUUUGGGGGAAUGUAAAUACGGCAAAAUGACUUGGCUCUACCGCACGAAGCAGUAGUGAGUCUUAGAUCCUUGUAGCGUAUGUAAGGAUAUAAAAAUAGUAGAAGGUGAAAAACAGUACUUUCAAAUGAAAGUGAUUUAAAUGUUCGAUUGUGGAUGUGUAGUACAAAUUAUAAUUGAUAUAAGAAAUAGUUAUUAAGUAUGCUUUUUGCAAUCAUUGAAGAAAUUAUUUAAUACUCGCUAGAGAGCAAGUCUUUCUUUGACUUCGGCUACUUAUCUGUAUGAAUAAAUAGCCUUGGAUCUAAAGAUGCUUAUUCAGAAAACUAUUUGCUAGUCAGCAUAAACGUAGUCAAAAGUCGUCCUGUGUCUCAUAUGUUCAUAGAUAUAUGGUUAUAUUUUAUUAUGAUUCGGUGUAAUUCUUUAAAAAAAUAUAUAUAGGGGUCCUAAAAUUAUAAUCAAACAAGGACAUUUCUUUAUCGUAUUAUCUACGAUAAUUUUAUCAAUUGAUGUAAUUCAAAUUUAUUUAACUGCAUUAUAAAUGCUGUGAAUAAAGGAUUCUCUUAAAUUCAGUUUAAUGUUUACAGAACUUUAUUUCUCAUUUCAAAAAAAAAAUAUUUUAUUUACAUGAGAAACAUAAUAUUAAUAAAAACCUAUAUAUUCGAGCGAGAUACAUGUCGCCAUUAGCCUCUUAAUUUUAGUCAAAUGUGUUCACUCUAACAUGCGUCUUUACUGCCUUUUUGAAUUUGUCAAACACUCCAAUGGGUGAGAUGGUAAUUGAUU